AGUUAACUACGGUGCUCACGAAGUGUUCUGGGAGAUUUAGAGUCCUUCCGGCAGGUACAGCCGGACUACAAUUCCCAGGAUCCACAGCAAACCAAGUGCAUGCGCAUUGUCGAUCCCCGAGCCUGGAUAUUGAACUACGCUUUUGGUAAUAUGGCGGAGCAGCAAGCAGGGGACCUGCACCAGGAGGACACUGUGUCAACUUUCAAUUUUGAGAAUGACCAUGUUGAAGAUGUUGGCAAUGUCACUAUUGAUUUGAACUCUGGUGCUGAUUCAAGUCAAAACUUUAGUGCAGUAGCCACCCCUGAUGUAAAUCUUGAAAGCUUUUCUGAAACAGUGGAUCCAAAUAUAACAACUGGAACAGCGGAGCGACACACCUCAAUUCAACGAUCUCUGACAGACCUGAAGAAUCUUAUCAGUGUUGAAGGAACUGGUAAGAAGACAUGUCCUUUGUGUCCAGAAGAAAAGUUUAAACCCAACUAUAGUCACAAGCUGCGAAGGCAUUUGCAACAUCUGCAUUGGAAAGUAUCUAUAGAAUUUGAAGGUUACAGAAUGUGCAUCUGUCAUUUAUCAUGUCGACGCAUGAAAACUGACCUCAAUGGGGAACAGGUCCCAGUAAGAAUUGGAGCGCAUUAUCACUGCAUUGUCUGUUCAGCUACCAUUGCUCGCAGAACAGACAUGAUCAGCCACAUAACACGACAUUUGAACAAAGGAGACACAGAAGCCAGUUUCAAUGGAGCCACUAGUGGGCAAAUGCAAUCCACUGAAGUGCUGAAGGAAGUCGAUACUGACGUUCAUGUUUUUCCAAACCACCUGACUCCUCAAAAGACAGACUCUUUCUUUAACCCUAAAAUGAAACCUAACAGGCAGUUAAUUUUCUGUACACUUGCUGUCCUAGCUCAAGAGCGCAAACCCCUUGAAUGUUUAGAUGCUUUUGGAGCGACAGGAAUCAUGGGGUUGCAGUGGGCCAAGCACCUUGGCGAUUCAGUGAAGGUCACCAUAAAUGACAUAAACGAGGGCUCUGUGAAGAUUAUUAGAGAAAAUUGUCAUCUAAACCGGAUGAAGGUGUUAUCGAGUAAAAAAGAAGAGGAGGAUGUUGAAGAAGGAGAGAAUACUUUGGGAACUAUUGAAGUCACACAAAUGGAUGCCAACAUCCUCAUGCAUUUGAGAGCUUUUGAUUUCAUACACUUGGACCCAUUUGGAACAGCAAUAAAUUAUUUCGAUGCUGCCUUCAGAAAUGUGAGGAACCUUGGGAUUGUUUCUGUGACAUCCACGGACAUCAGCACUUUGUACUGCAAAGCCUUAAAUGUCACCAUGCGCCACUACGGUUGUAACAUUGUCCGGACUGAGUACUACAAGGAAGUGGCAGCCAGAAUGGUCAUUGCUUCUGUGGCAAGGGCUGCUGCACGCUGUAACAAGGGUAUCGAGGUUCUGUUCAGUGUAGCUCUAGAGCACUUUGUUCUGGUGGUGGUGAGAGUACUGCGAGGACCAACCCAGGCAGAUGAAAGUCUGAAGAAAAUACGUCGGUUGAUCCAUUGUCAGUGGUGUGAAGAGCGGGUUUUCUACAAAAAGUGCCACAUGCUGGAAGAGAGUGCAUACAGUCAGCUGCCCUGUGACUGUUAUGGAAGUAUGCCAGGAAAGACUGCAGUGGAACUUGGACCAUUGUGGGCAGGGUCAUUGUUUAACACCAGCUUCUUGCGAAGAAUGCUAUUUGAAGCAGUGCAGCAUGGAAUUGAAGAUAUCCAGCCUCUGCUGAAGAACUUGAUCUGUGAAUCUGAAUGCACAACCCUGAAGCACUAUUCGAUAUUUGGACCAGUGAGCUACAGCAAUCAAGAGGAAAGUGGAGUUGUUAUCAAAACAUCAGCCUCUCAUAAAGCUGGAGUUGAAGAUACAACUACUCCAACUUAUUCUGGGCUUGAUAAGCGGAAAAGUAGUGAAGUGUCAGGGAAUGCGGCAAAACGUCAGAAAGGAGACAUUCCUACAGAGCAUCCUCCCUUCUACUACAGCAUCCAUCGGCACAGUAUUCGAGGAAUGAACAUCCCAAAGAUAAACAAAUUUCUACCCUAUCUUACACAAGCUGGAUUUCGUGUCGGCCGUACUCACUUUGAUCCAACAGGAAUCCGUACAGAUGCCACACUUGCACAAUUGAAAGCCAUACUCAUGAAGUACAGUCUGCCAACACAUACUGACAGUCAACCUGGAACUCUCAGUCAUGCUUCAGCAGAAUCUAUUUCAGAACCUGUGCAAGUUUCAAUUCCAGAGGCACUUCAUGUUGAUCAGCCUGCUGAAGAAGUCAAACCUGAGUCAGGAUAAAUCGAGUUUGACCCUGCAUGAUCUAAAUUAACCAUUAUACCCCUCCAUUGAGGUCACAUUUGCAGCUUAUCACUAGACUGUUGUACCGUUGAAGAGCCAACUCUGGCGGUUCAUAGAUCAAUGUUUAUAAUAUGUAAAAUUAAUUUUAAGAUUGAUUUUAAUCUUUGUAUAAAAGAGCAUGCUAUGUUAUUUGUCAGUUGUGCACAGAUUAUCUUGAUGCUGUUGAGCCUAAAUAUUAAGAAGAAUGUUUUCACUUCAUUUAUUUGACUUCAUUUAUUCUCAAAGUGCAGCAAUUAAGAAUUUGCUUGUCAGGUAUGUAGUACUGUUUUCUAAUUUUUGAGGAAGCAAUAAUUGCAAAUGACACACACCUAGACAAAAAGUUCCAAUUGGAAUUUCACUCUGUACCACCUGUUAAUGCCAGCUGCAUCGUAGAGGAAGUGUUUUAGAAUGCAACUAGUGUGUUAAAAGAAAAAGGAAGCUCGCUGAAACUGGUCUGGAGUUAAAUUGUGUUCUUUUCCUUUAGUAUUUACAAGUUUGCUGAUCAACACAAAAAUUUUUGGUUUAGCAUCUAUCUUAGAAACUUUCACAUUGAGAGUUCUGUUCAAAUUGUAACAAAGUUGUACAUUGUGUUGAGUAUCGUUCUUGCACCCAUUAUUGUUUUUAAAGGUGCAGGGUGAGUGAGAUGCUAAAUAUUUGGUUUCUGUCCCAGGGCUGCUUAUUGUAAAGUUUGAUAAACUGAACCAA